GCACCGUAGAAAAAAAAACGCAUAAAAAAUCCUUUGAUAUAAUGGAAGAACCAUUGCCAAAUGCAUGGAAUGUUGAAAAUAAAUCACCGUUUUUGAGCAUAGACUCGGAUAGACUUGGCGUGAAAUACAUAGGUAAGGCACAAUUAUUUAUUUUUGAUGAUUUAAGCAAUUAA